AUGCUUGUGACCCGUGCUUGCGUGGUGGUCGGCAGCGGUGGCGCUGGCGGCGGCGGUGGUAACGAUGAACGAAUGUACUCGGAUAUCGAAAGUUUUUCAAGUGAUGAACGAGGUCAUAUGAAAAAGACAAACAAGCCGAUGAUGGAAAAGAAACGACGUGCUCGGAUCAAUCAUUGCCUCAGUGAAUUGAAGGAGAUACUGAUAUGUGAUAAACAUGCGUCAGCCGGACACGCAAAAUGGGAAAAAGCUGACAUCCUCGAAAUGACUGUAGACUAUCUCAAGAAAUUACGAAAUCUUCGAGACCAGCCUUCCACACAAACCGUCACAACUUCUGUACCAGCUACUGCCGAAACGUUCUCGUCGCAAGGAAAAAGGUGUGACUCGAACCCCACAUCUGCUGCAUCGUCACCAUCCAGGGCUGAAUCGAGCUCUGAUGGGCCUACUACUGCGAAACGACGACGUUCUUCCUCAUCGUCACCGCCCACAUCGCAAGAGUCGCGCAGUUUCCUACCAGCAACGUCAACGUCGACACCUCUUUCGCUGCCAACGCUUCCCGCUCGAGUUACACCGAUGGUUUCUCCGCCGAUGAGGCCUCCUACGGGGUUCAGUUUUAUGGCACAGCAUUUGUUAGCACUACAAUAUCAACAGAAUUUGAAAAUGGCGACUAUUGCUCCGGGAAUUUUGCCCGCAGUGGCUCCAGUUCAUCCCUUUACGGCAAUGACGACCAUUCCAUGGAGGACUAUGUGA